AUGACUUCUCGCAGGAGGGGAGUGCGUAGUUGCGUCGAAGACGACGUUCAGCACGGGGCGCCACUGCCGAGGAGAGCCAAGAAUCUGGCCAAUGUCAGUAUACACGCUCAGCUGAUGGAUCAGAACGAAGGGACUUCAGAACCGUCGCAUACAUCUCUGUCUUCUACAAAAACUGAGAUCAUCGACUGUAAAGAAGAGGUAGUGGGUAUGUCCAGUCAAGGAGAUGCGGAAACGGCUUCGGAUCUCUGCGCCAUAUGUCUUAUGCCGAGGACCGAUCCAACAUUGCUCGAUAGUUGCUAUCAUUCGUUCUGCUUCAUUUGCACAUCACAGUGGUUAAAACACGCUGGAAAAUGUCCACUCUGUAUGACACCAGUUAGCUCAUUUUACCAUAACUUAGAUCUUCCACCAGAUUUACGUCCAUUAGUAUCGGUAGCCGAGUUGCGUGCUGCAGCGGAAGCAGCGCGACUGGUCGAAAGAGGACGAUCUUUGCCUCCUCUGAACGAGCAGGAAUGCGUUAAACUACGCAUACGACGUCUGCAGAGGCGGCUGCACACUGUUCAGGAGCAGAUGAGCAAAAGCUCUCGAGUAGAUCAGUCUUCUGAACUUGCCAGUACUAGUGUACGUCUUGUCAAUGAAAUUAGCAGACUUGAAAUGGUUAAGCGAGAUUCGACAACAAGGUGUGAGCUUGUUAGCAAUAUUACUUUUCGAUCAUUGAUAUACAAAGACAAUCUUGAGUGGAGCUCUAUUGACCGUAAUGCGAACAGGGUGCGUUUUUCGCCAGAGGUUUUCAAUGCCAAUGUAGUUGCUUCAACUGAACGGUUGCGUCCUUUUGUGGAUCGUGAACUGAAAAUUGUCUGGCGCAGUAGGAAGCCUAACGAGUCACUGGAACGCUAUAAAAGGAAAUAUGAUAGUCUGGUGUCUGACAUAAUCUUAUGGUGUUCUGAGUUCCAAAUAAAUUCUCCGCAAUUUACGCGUAACCUUCGCUUGGCCGGACUUUAUCCAGUCUACCUGGAGCGCUUUCAAACAGAGCUGUUUGAUUUUGCAAGUAGUAUGGUAUCUUUGGAAGAUUUUGAUAGCAUGAGUGCCUACAGAGUGGACGUAGGUUCAUCACUGUUAAUGCAUGGCGGUAGCUCACUGUCGUCAAAACAAACUUGUCCUGAGUUAGUCGACUGGCUCAAUCCAUCAGAUGCAGAAGGAAAGCAAAAUUUGGAGCAGCGUAAACAAGAUUUGCCGAAUUGUAGUCAUUCUACGUACAGAGUAGAUGUGACUUCUCCGCAGCAUUCUCCAAAAAAUCGUUUGUCGUCAUCACAAGAUCAAAUGUUAUGUGUUGAUAACUGUGUUAAGCCGGAAGGUGAGGUAGACGGUGAAGCAACGCUGUCAAAGCGCGAAACAAGCUUAUCAGAGCCAUCUGAUACCUUAACGGUUCAACCGGACACUUUGCACGAUCGCAGCACGAUUUCACACGUUUCGGGUUUUCAAGAAGAGAACUGUUCACAGCGUAACACAGUAAUUUCUGUCGGAGGCGAAGUUGUAUCUCGUAAUGCUUGUUACGAUUCGUCGGAAUGUUCUGGGAAUGUUGCGUCUGCCACUAGCCAUGUUACAUCUCCAAACAGCAUUCCUACAGCUUCAUGCUUGCCAGAAGUUACUUCAUAUGGAUCCGCUGUUGUGCCGAUAUCGUUGUUCAAACCUGCAAUUAAAAAUAUGUCCUGCGUGUUCAACCAGGAUAAAGGCGAAAAAGAAUUGUUAACAACCAUGUGGAAGGAGAGACAACGGCGUUUGGCUACUUCUCCACAAUCCCUCUCCUUCAACUCUACAGUACCACUGUUGGUGGAACAAGAGGAGGAGCAGAAGAAAGAAGACAUAAGAGGCCUGUGUUCACUAACAGCUUGCAUCAUAGUGGCUCGUGGAAUUCGUGCGAAGAUAAUAAGCGAGAUGGGGAAUUUAUGGCAACCUCUAUUUAGCGGAGCGGACCUAGCGGAGAAGAUAACGUGUCAGCAUUGUGGGCAGCAAAAUUUGAAAACAUCUACAAGCCAUUCUUUGUUGGAUGAAACUACAGUUGAUCCAGUUGUUGUUGACCUGUCUAAUUCGUACCAGCAGUCAUCGUGGAAUACUUCGAAUUUGGUGGAUGUCCCAUCUACCUCGAGGUGUUUCCAAGGCAGUUCGUCGGCAGAUGGUAUUCAGUCUUCCUAUGACGAUAACGCAGCGCUCGACACUACUCACAAGAAGAGAGACCGAAAGAAAAAGAGGUAUUCAUGGAAGUUCUUAUUCAAACAGUUCCGUAGGAAAUUGCGACAUGAGAGAAGCCGCCGAAAGCGCAAGAAGUUGUAUGAAUUUAUUGAGAAAAUGAAGGAAAAAUUGGACAAGGAGGAAAAUAGCGAAAAGUCGAGUGAGAGCGACCAAAAUGACGAUAGUAGCGAGGAAUUAUUCAGGGGAAGUCAACUCUCGGCUGCUCGACAUGUAGACACUGCGGAGAGAAGCGGAAGAGAUUGA